GUCGAGCAUAGCGCGGUUGUCGACAAAGCUGCAGGAUGUAUCUGCUGCAGCCAUAUUUAAGGAUCGUGCUGCUCCGCUGUCAACUUCCCAUCAUCUCCUUCAAACAAAACCAGCGUCCACUCGAAGCUUCUGUCCGUAUGCACCCUCGAAGAGUCCUCGAAUCGGCCACGGUAACGACGGACGUCACUCUCGACAGCUCGCCUGAAGCUAGCAGCAACGACAUAUUCUCUUUCGACGGUUCAACGUGAACACCCAGCCGCCAUGUGUUACUACGAGGAGAUCCACUUCGUCGCUUGCGGGCAUAAGGAGAAGCGCCUCUGGAAGUACUGCCACUUUGCACGCAAUGAUCCCGGCCACCAGUGCUUCGGGGCUUGGAACAUCAAGAGGAAGUGGGAGCAACACGAGACAGAGUGCGAGAACUGUGCCAAACAUCAACAAUACCGCAAUACCAACGAAUUGACUCGAAACCUGCAGCCUGUAUAUAGCGUAGCAGGCGGUAGAUGACUCCUACGUCGACAGGUCCAAUUUCCUCGUCUGGAUCUCCGGUUAGAGGCACAUCCAAUGAUCGAAUCUUCUAGGCGUAAAUUCUGUUUGUGGGGUAAAUGGUGUUUCCGGCAUUUUGUGUUAUGUUUCUGAACAAUGACGGCUUGAUAGCUCGAGCGGUAUGGCUCUUAUUUUGUUGGCGUUGCGGUUCACCCGCGAUGGAAUGCUUUGGAUUUGAAGGAGUUUUUUGGCAUUAA